UGGUCCUGUGGAAGGCUGUCAAAACAACACAAACAACGUUUCGCGUCCGUGUGAAUUGUGGCUGUUUGUGCUGUGUGUGGUGUUUACGUGCCGUUCGCUGCUACCGAAACAGAAACCAACCAUGGAGCUAGUUGUGCAGGAAAUGUGGAACUUUUGUCGAUUUUGUUUAAGCCAGGACGAAGAUCUUCUUAUCCCGAUCAGGAACGCACUGGACGAGCACGUCACCGUCGACAAUAUAGAACGAUUCACGGGCAUCGCUAUCGAACCGGACGAAAACAUUCACGAUGCCAUUUGUACCGAUUGCUCCAACCGAUUGUACACGUAUGCUGUCUUCCGGCGGUCUUGCUUAAGGAACGAUGCCUAUUUACGUAAAAUUUACCCACAAAUGUGUGCUGAUGACAUACUCGAUGAAGUAGAUGCUGCAGCGGCUAAUCACAGUACCGACCCGUGUGUUAACCGGAAGUUGGAAAGUGUCGUUCCGAAGGCAUCCUCUUCCCAAGGGACGAGUGUGUCAGAAGAAUAUGAAGAUGAAGAAGAAGAAGAAGAAGAAGAAGAAGAGGAAGAAGAAGAAGAAGAAGAAGAAGAGGAAGAAGGAUAUUCAUGCUUCUCAAGCGAACAGCCCACCACACAAUCGAAUGUGCUCGCAAGCCCCUCUCCCCCACCAUCGGUUGAUCGUGGCGUGAAGGAUGAGCUAGUGGAAGAAGAACUGUACUCGGCUAACUACAUCGCACCGGGCGAAGAUUUGGACGAUGACGCGCGGGGCUCCAGCGACGACGACAGCUUCAUAGCGGAAAUGUACAACGCCAUCAUGCGCAAACCGCAACGAGCCUACACGCAGUCGAAAGUUGAGCAAGAGUACAUUUCGAACGAAAUGUACCACCUGCUGGACCUGUCGAAGUAUCGGCGCCAGCGGUAUCUGUGCGAAAUGUGCGGGAAGAUGGUGAGCGAUAUCGUGUCGCACAUCGUCAGCCACAAGCAGGAGGCCCGGUACGCGUGUCCGCACUGUCCCGUCCGCAUGACGCACUCGGCCAACAUGAUGCGGCACGUGCAGGCGGUACACGAGCGCAGGAUAGUGAAGACGUGCAAACCAUGCGGCAAAGGAUUUACGCACAAAAAUGGCUACGAUUCGCAUAUGCUAUCACACCACGGCAUCGGGACGCAGCAUGAGUGCAAAGUGUGCGGAAAGAAGUUCAACCACAGGAGCAGCAUGAGAGAGCACAUCAGAAGGUAUCACGAAAUGGAGAGUUACAGCUGCUCGUUGUGUGACAAAACGUUCAAAAUGAGGAGAGCACUUCAAAAUCAUCAGCUAGUUCACAGCACGGAAAGGCCGUACGCAUGCCCGCGGUGUCCGAAGCAGUUUAAAAGCGCCAAAACUAGAGCCACCCAUUUACGCACGCACAGCGGCAUCCAGUACAAAUGCACGGUGUGCGACAAAUCCUAUCGGUACAAAGCGCUGCUUAAUAUACACCGUCGUAAAAUGCACCCGACGGAAGAUCUUAGCAAUGAGUUCUGCCUGUGCGAGGACGACCAGCGCCUCUGUCCGAUCACAGCAACCUUCUGUGCUUCACUUACGCACGAAGAUGUGGAACGAUUUACCGGAAUACAGCCCAACGUUCGCCGACCGGGCAAGAGCAAGGGAAAGAAGCGGAAAAUCCUAGAUGCAUCGAUCGUUGAUCAGAGUCCGGGCUACUACAUUAAAAAGUACAAAGCGGGCCUCCGUGUGCGCCCGAAGACGCUCUGCGAAGUGUGCGGCGUGUUCGUGAUCGGGGUACGCCGCCAUCUGCUAAAUCAUCGGCAGGAGUCGCUGUACGGGUGCCCGCACUGUCCAGUGAAGAUGAAGCAGAAGAGCAACAUCAUGGCCCACAUCAACACGGUGCACUUCAAAACGGUCGGCAAAACGUGCGGCAUCUGCGGGAAGGGCUUCGUACACCACAAAACGUAUCGAUAUCAUAUGUACACGCAUGUGCUGGAAAAGCAACCUUUUCUCUCGUCUCCGAACCCGUUCGGAACCACCCUGUACGAUACAAAUGGGCGCCGUUUUGACAAUCCGUUUCGUUGGAAAUUUGUUUACCAACAAUCCUUUCCAGAUUUCGCCCGCAGUAUGGCGAUCGCCUCGCAGGGAUUGCUAAACGUUUGCCGAUUCUGUUUGUCCCAGGAAGAUGAACGAAUCAUUCUGCUCGAUGAGAUCCUGGACGCGUCGCUCUCAAUCGAAAAUGUGCAACAGUUAACAGGAAUUGAAAUAUGUACGGAUCAAACAACGACGCAGGCGGUAUGCUUGGAGUGCACCAGCAAGCUUAAAAAGGCUUCGGCUUUCCGGAACAACUGCAUCAGCAACGACUACCUGUUCCGGCAGCUCUGCUCACGGUCGCGUUUCACCGUCGUCCAAGGUGCUACUGAUGAUGUCCAAAACGAUGAUUCUGUCCUGGAGGAUCCACUAGAUUUUGAGAUCACUGAUAAUACGAUAAACGAUGGUUUCUCGGCUACUGAUGAUGAAACGGACUUCGAACAGGAUGAUGAUGACGAGCCAAAUCGAACGCGAACGAAACGAAAUACAGACUCCACCAACGAUGAUACAAUGGAGUACAGGGAAGAGGUCAUCGCUUCCGUUGAUUAUGAUGACGGCACAGCUAUCUCGGAAACCAGUCCGCCUAAACGCCAUGAAGACGAACCAACGGUAGCAACGAUGCAGCAGUCGACGGAACAAGACGAUACGCUCUACUGUGCCAACUACAUAGAGCUGGGUGAACCGCCCACUGAUGGCGAGGAAGCCGUAGCUGCAUUAAGUAAGAAUGAUAAUCUUACCUGCUGGACUGGUUCACGCACCAGACGAGCCAAGCUCGUGUUAGUGCGGAGCGGACAAGCUGGCGGUAAUACUCGCGCUGCCACCUCGACGAGCAUUCUAUUUCGCCGCACCAAGCGCAAGCGUCAGAAGCCACUCUGCGAAACGUGCGGCAAGGUGGUGACAAACAUUGCAACGCACCGCGCAACACACAGCAAGGAGAUGGGCCACGCCUGUCCGCACUGUUCGAUACGGAUGAGCAAUUCAUCGAAUCUGCUGCGCCACGUACAAGCCGUCCACCUGAAGCUGAACAUAAAGACGUGCGAAAUCUGUGACAUUGGGUUCACCCAUUACUCUACCUACCGGUCGCACAUGUACUUUGCUUUAUAUUUUCAGUACGCACAGCACGGAAUCGGUGAGCUGCACGAGUGCCGGGUGUGCUCGAGAACGUUCCCGGACGCCUGUGUGCUGCGAAAGCACGUGAAACGGUUUCAUGGUGUGCAGGAGCACGCCUGUCCCAUCUGUGGCAAACUAUUCAAGAUGCUCGACAUGCUCAAGCGUCACCAGCUAGUCCAUUCUAAAGAGCAGCCGUUUAUGUGCAGCCAGUGCCCGAAGCGCUUCAAAAGCGACACCUCCAGGAAAAAGCACGAGUUCACCCACAGCGGCAUCCUGUUCGGUUGCUCCCUGUGUGGCAAAACGUACCGGUACAAGUAUCUCGUCAAUGCGCACAUCAAAAAGGAGCACCCGCUUGAAGGUGGCGAAAACGACGCAGAAACGCCACCACACGGCGAGGGUACGGCGGAAGGGGAAUCGACCGUUAUCGAGAAUGGCGAAAACUGAAGGCGCCUGGUAAUAUUUAUUAGAAGUGAAAAGGUUGGAAGAACAACGCGUGGAUUUGUGAAUUGAAAUACAGAAAUCAUUGUGUA